AUGGCUCCCAAGAAGAAGCUCGGGACCAGCGCGGGGCGCCGGCCGGGCGCGGCGGGAGACGGGGCCGAGCCGCCGCUGUCGGAGCGCGCGCAGUACCUGCAGCGCGAGUACACGCUGCUCUCGGAGCAGCUGGAUGCCUGCGAGGCGCGCGUGGACCAGGUGCUGCAGGAGAACGCCUUCCUGGACCGCGAGGCGCUGCGCUUGCGCGAGGAGAACCGGCUCUACGCCAGCUACAUGAGCGCGCGCGCGCAGCGCUGCGCCCACGCCGUCGUCCGGCUGGAAGAGCAGAACCGCGUGGACCUGACCCAGAUCCACGGGCAGCGGGCGGAGCUGGAGGCGCUCUACCGCGGGCGCGAGAACGGAGUGCGCGCGCAGCUGCUGGAGAUGGAGGCGCGCGCGGCGCGGAUGGCGCGGCAGGUGCAGGAGCUGCAGCCCUACAAGGAGCUGCAGCUGGAGCAGUUGGCCCGGAUCCGGGCGCUGGAGCGCGAGCUGCUGCACAUGCGCGUGGAUCACACGCAGCUGCUUCACCGUGUGAAAAGGCGCUUCCUGGAGGACAAGGCGGCCUUCGAGCGCGAGGCGCGUCAGCGCGUGCAGUCCUUGGGGCGGCGCGCGGAGCGAGAGGCGGCGCGCGCGCUCGUCGCGCACACGCAGGCCAUUAAGGCUGACAACGCGCGUCUGCGGCAGGAGCUGCUGCGGCUGCUUAGCUGGGCCCAGCUUCUGCAUGACACGCGGCGCCAGCUGCUGGAGCAGCGUGAACAGCUGCGGCGCGAGCACGAGGACACUUGGGACCUGGCGCGUGUGCAUGGCUGGCUGCGCCGGGGCCCAGGGGGCCCGCCGCUCUGGCGGCCGCCGCCGCCACCGCCACCGCCACCAGCGCGGCCCGCCUCGCAUCAGGGGUCCUUGGCCGCCUCCACAGCCCCAUCGCGCGGGGCCUCCCAGACCCCGACAUGGCUCCCGCGGGUGGGCUCCAGGGCCCCAUCACAGGCCCCUUCGAAGGAGGGUUCAGGGGCUUCAUUCCAGGCCCCGUUGCGCGCGGGCUCCCACUUCCUGUCCUCGACCCCGUCCCACCCCGGCUCUCGGGUCGCGUCCUCCACCCCAUCCCGCCCGGGCUCCCGGGUCCCAUCCUCGGUCCCGUCGCGCCCAGGCUCCCGGGUCUCUUCGCGGGCCUCGUUAUACGGGGCCUCAGAGAAUACCGCCCCCUCUGCCAAGUCUGUCCCGGGGCCAGGUUCUUCCCGUCCUCCAGACGCAGGAGCCCGUGGACACUGA